GCCCGCCCCGCGGCCCCCAGCGGCCCGUCCCCCCGGCGGGGCGGCGCGCUCCGCGGCGAUGUUCCACUGCAUCCCCCUGUGGCGGUGCAACCGUCACGUGGAGUCCAUCGACAAGCGGCACUGCUCUCUGGCCGCCGUGCCCGAGGAGAUUUACCGCUACAGCCGCAGCCUGGAGGAGCUGCUGCUGGACGCCAACCAGCUCCGCGAGCUGCCCAAGCCUUUCUUCCAACUUGUGAAGUUACGGAAACUUGGACUUAGUGAUAAUGAAAUCCAGCGGCUCCCUCCAGAAAUAGCGAAUUUCAUGCAGCUGGUGGAACUGGAUUUGUCUCGAAAUGAUAUUCCUGAAAUACCAGAAAGCAUCUCAUUCUGCAAGGCACUACAGGUAGCAGAUUUCAGUGGGAAUCCACUAACUAGGUUGCCCGAAAGCUUUCCUGAAUUACAGAAUCUAACGUGUCUUUCAGUAAAUGAUAUCUCUCUGCAAGCACUACCUGAAAACAUUGGGAAUCUUUAUAACCUGGCUUCACUGGAACUUAGAGAGAAUUUGCUGACAUAUUUACCCGAAUCACUUGCCCAGCUGCAGCGUCUAGAAGAACUUGAUUUAGGAAACAAUGAACUUUAUCACUUGCCAGAAACAAUUGGUGCACUUUUCAAUCUUAAAGACCUCUGGUUGGAUGGAAACCAAUUAGCUGAAAUACCUCAGGAAGUAGGAAACCUGAAAAACCUGCUUUGUCUGGAUGUUUCUGAAAAUAAAUUGGAAUGCCUUCCUGAAGAAAUUAAUGGUCUGACUUCUUUAACAGACUUGCUUGUUUCUCAGAAUUUACUUCAAGUCUUACCCGAUGGCAUUGGAAAAUUGAGGAAGCUGUCAAUUUUGAAGGUUGAUCAGAAUAAACUUAUUCAGCUAACAGAUUCAAUUGGAGACUGUGAAAGCCUUACUGAACUAGUUCUAACAGAAAAUCAACUGCAGAUAUUACCGAAGAGCAUUGGAAAACUGAAGAAGCUGAACAAUUUGAAUGCCGAUAGAAACAAAUUAACAUCUUUGCCCAAAGAGAUCGGGGGAUGCUGCAGUCUUAAUGUGUUUUCUGUACGUGACAACAGAUUAUCUCGAAUUCCCUCUGAAAUUUCACAAGCCACUGAACUCCAUGUCCUGGAUGUUGCUGGAAACAGGCUGACGUAUCUUCCCCUCUCAUUGACCACCUUAAAGCUGAAGGCUUUGUGGUUGUCUGAUAACCAGUCCCAACCUUUGCUGACGUUUCAGACUGACACAGACCCUGAAACAGGAGAAAAGAUUUUAACAUGCGUAUUACUUCCUCAAAUGCCUUCUGAGCCUGGUUGCCAAGCAGAUAACCUGCCACGAUGUGGUGCGUUGGAGAGUUUGGUAAAUGAGAUGUCAGAUGAGACAUGGAAUGAACGGGCAGUGAACAGAGUCAGUGCAAUUCGCUUCUUAGAAGAUGAAAAAGAUGAAGAGGAUAAUGAAAUGAGAACACUUCUAAGGCGAGCCACUCCACACCCUGGAGAAUUAAAGAACAUGAAAAAGACAGUGGAGAAUUUACGGAAUGAUAUGAAUGCUGCUAAAGGACUGGAUUCAAACAAAAACGAGGUCAAUAAUGCCAUUGACAGAGUGACCACUUCUGUGUAGAAUUUCAUCUCCAGGUUUUACCUCCUGUGUCUUCCCCUGCUGUUGAAAUGUUCCUGUCGUCUUCUGGGACCUCACUGAGCCCCCUUUUUGUUUUUAACCAGAGCCUGAUUCAUCGUCUCCAUAUAUGUGAAAAGUACUACCCACUGGAAGAAAGUGCCUUAUUUCAUCCAGGCAGUGAAUCAAUCAUUUCCAAAUCAAUAUUGUAAUUUCAAUAGUACUAUGGUUUUUUAAGUAUAAUACACUACUGUAUGCAGAAUACAAUAUUUUUAUCAUAAACACAGGGGAAAUAAUGCUUUUCUUUUCCAGAGUGCUGGGAUAUCUUCUUCCCAGUGGCUGGAUGUGCUGGUGAGAAAUUUAGUUUUGUGGAAAAUUGAUACUCUUUUUU